AUGGCAUCGCAACGUAUCGCAUUCAAAGUAUCUGGCACGGUCCAAGGCAAGUUCACGUCAAUACUCCUAAGCAAUAUCAGAGUGGGAUUCCGGGACUUUACUCAAAAGAGAGCCACUGCAUAUGAUGUAAAAGGCUGGGUGAAGAACACACAUUGUGGAAGGGUAGAAGGAGAAGCCCAAGGAACCGAAGACUCUCUACAGAAGUUCCUGAAAGACAUCAACAACGGUCCCCGCCAUGCACAUGUCGUCAAGCUAGAGAAGAAGGAAAUCGCACCAAAGGAUGGCGAGGUAGAAUUCGGCUUCAUGAAGACUUCCGAGUCGGGGUAUGAGGCUAUGCAGUGA